AGCCUGACCUACGGACCAGAGAGCAAGAUGGCGCCGGGCGUGACGGGAACCUCUCUCGUUGACGCCAUAGAAACGGAAAUAGAGAGGGCGAAGCAGGACUUAAAAGGCGUCGAUGAGAACUUGAGGAAGUUAACAGGCAGGGAUUUUAAUGACCCGAACCAGCGUGGAGAGCAGCGGAGAGUACGCCUAUCCUCUGGUGGGAGAGAUGAAGAGCCCCCAGCCAAGCGAAGACCCCCAGGGGGGGUCUUUGCCAGGCUGGGAGGUGUGGUGCAAGAACAGCAGCAUGUUGACCACAGAGCGAAGCCCCGAGAUUUUCGCGGGGAGCACCGUCCCACUCCAGACUUGAGGGGAGACUUGCGGGCGGAAAUCCAUGGGGAUUUGCGAGGCAGACGAGUGCAGGAAGUGGCUGAGGAGGAUGAGAAGAUGCCUAAGCCAUCUCUGCCUUCGUCUGUGGCUCGCCCUCAGGCAGACAUGAAGUCCCGCACAGAAGCUGCAGCAGAGCUUACCAAGGAUAGAGCUUCUCGGGACAGGAACCGCCGCAUGUUUGGUGCUCUACUUGGUACUCUCAAGAGGUUCAAGAAUGAUGAAGCAAAGCAGAAAGAUAAGGAAGAACAGCGCGCUGCCAUUGAGAGGAAGCUGGAAGAAAAGGGUCGCGUGGAAAAGGAAGAGCUGCGCCGAGAACGACUAGAGCUGAUCAACCAGAGGCAGGAGAGGAAGGCACAGAUUAAGCGUCUCACUGUUAAGAUGGCCCGUGUGAAGGAGCACGAGCAGUGGGAGGCACACCAGAUGAAAUUAACCAGAUUCAUAAGAACCAAGUCGAUGCCCUCCAUCUUUUGGAUCCCUCGAACCCACACUGCCAAGACCACUAGCCUCGUGCGAGCCUCACACGAUAACAUCAUGAAGGAACUCGAAGAGGACCGUCUCCGGAUGAAGGAAGAGCUGGAGGAGAUACUAGGGUCACGUGCGGAGGAUGAUCAGGGCGAGAUGGGCAGGGAUGGCGCAGAGGGGGGGGAGGAGGAGGAGGAGGAGACCUACGUGCACAGGGGGGUCCGCUCAGCCGUCGCCAGGCAGGGGGAGGGGGGUGUCAGUACCUCUCUUGAUAACUGUCCUGAUUUGUUAGAUUACGAGGCUGAGGAGGGAGAGCUAGUAUAUGGUGAGGCAGACCUGUCAGGUAAGGAUGAUGACGACACUGAGCGUAUGGUAGUCCAGGUCGACGGCAGGGGAGAAGGUGCUCGAAAGGUAGAAAUUGUAGCUAGCCAGUCAGAGGAAGGAACAUCAGGUUUAGAGAGAGAGAGUAAGGGCAAUGAUAGUGAGAAAGAGAAUGAAGGUAAACUAAGUGAUGGGAGCAGGGAGAGAGAGAGGGAUAGGCACAAUAGGGAGAAAGAUAAGAGUAAGGAAGGGGAGGACACAGGCAAGAACAGAGAAGUACAGACCAUCUACAAUAAAGAGACGGAGCUGGAGGCCACGGUUGUGCAUGUCAAAAUAGAGAAAGACGACGAUGACGAAUCAGGGCCCAAGGCCUCUGAGGCUGCGCUCAAGAAAGUCAAGGAGGAGAAACCUGACAAGGCACCCUCAAGCACAGCUGACAAGACUGAUGUGGAGGAGGCUUCCGUCCCCACCGAAUUACCCCCCUUACCUCCUGCAUCCACAUUGCCACAGCCUCCAACCACUACUGCUCCACCUUCCCCUCCUCCUGCAGUCCCUGCACCUAGUGAGGAGGAGCAAAAGGAAAGCCAAACAGAAGAACCUGAGAGAAUGGAGGAGAGCAGCAGCCACAAUAAAGAUGAUGAAUCAUCUGCCAUGUCCCGCAGUCCAACAAGUGGGAAAGAUCCACCUCCCACAGAGAGUAAAAACACACAGGAUAAGAAUGACAAGGAAGGGGAAGCAGAGGUAGGUAAAAAAUCUUCAUCCAAGUCCAGACAUAACAAUAGCAGUAGUGAAGACAGCAGUAUCACUACUAGUAGCAGCGAUAGUAGUGAUAGUGGUAGCUCAGAUUCAGAGAGCUCGUCAACAAGCUCUGGGUCAUCCUCUGGGUCUUCAUCUGACUCGGAGAGCGACUCCAGCGGCACCACCAGCUCAGGCAGUGACUCUGAGUCGGACAAGGAGAGAAGGAAGAGAAAGCGUCAUCUCAAACUGAUCAAUCUGCAGAGUGUAGCUGUAUGCCGCGCCAAAGCGCCAAAGCCCUACGAGCCAGGCAUUCAGCUUGAUGAUGAAAGGCUGGCUUUGUGGCAGCCUGAACAGCCUCUGGGAUCCAUGGACACUAUAUUCCCUGAUGGUUUGGGCUGUGUUUCUUCCCCACAUAGUUCAGGCUCACCAUGGCCAAUCACUGCUUCUUCUCAUCUGUCAUCUGUUUAUUCUUUUCCUCAUAAGAAAACCUUCAUUUCACAAACCAUUCUACCCAACUCCCUUCCAGAAAUUCUUGAGGACAUCCAAUACAGGACCCAAGAGAAUGUUCCUCUCCCUCAUCCACCCUUCAGUCUCUUCCCCAUUACUUCUACAAUCAAAAAGUUGGUUAUAUCUCCAAGUGAAUAUCCACUACAAGAUGAUACAAUAGCGUGGCUAGUUCCUUUCCUCCCUGACUUUGGCCCCAGCAUGCAAAUACCAAUACUUACUGAACCUGUACUUGUACAGCCAAUGUUCUGUGGUUGA